AUGAAAAAGUUGUUCAACAAGUCAGUGGGCAAGCAACAAGACAGCUAUGGGGGAAACGAGCCCAAAAACCCCAAAAGGGCUGGUUCUAUGCCCUUGCAGCGCUGGUUGCCCACAAGAAAUGAUUCACUCCCGAUUGAAGCCUCACAAACCAAGGAAGCAGCAUCGAGUUGUUCUCUCCCCAGCACCCAAAGGGGUCCACUUUGCCCAUGCACGAACGAGCAGUGCCAGGCCUUCGUGGCGAGGCUUCAGCAUCAAGUGGAAAAUCUGACAGAAGAGAAGUCCCAGCUGGAAUCGUUGAUAUUCAUGCAGCAGCAGACUCUGCACCGAAUCGAUAGGGAUGGACGCAACUCACAAGAAGGGGCAAAACGCGAGCUAGAGCUACAACAGAGGCUCGCAAUGGUGCUCGCUCUGCUGCUUACUCAUCAGGUUUCCAUGGAGGAUAAGCUCAAGAGCUCAUCAGAUGCAAUCCAAAGUCUCAAUGAGCAUAUUGAGGAGGCUGAUGAGCUUGUUAAGGCUAAGGCGAAUGUCCAGGAGCUCGCGGGACUUGUGGAGGAACUACAACAACGUUUGCAAAGCACGCAGUCCUCGAAUCAAGUUGGAGACGCGAGCAAACUAGCAUCCGUUUUAAAACAAAAUGUGAGUGCCUUCACAGAAAGCCAAUCUGAAUUAGUGGGUGAGCUGGCGGAGAAGGAUGAGACUCUGACGAGCUUGAAGCGUCAGCUGAAAGAGACGCAAGAGCAUUUGGAAGAGUCUGUGAAGGUGAAGGAUGCGGAGUUAGAGAACUUGCGGAAGAGUCUGCGGGAGCUUCAAGAAAAGGCAGAGAAGGCGGAGCCGCUGCUUCGGCUUGGUUCACCUGGCAAGCUGCGGGCGUUGAUCGUGAGGAACGUAAGCGUGUUCGACCAGUGGGAAGUGCGCGGAUCUUGGGCGAAUUCUGUGCUUGCUUGCUGCUUCUGUUUCCCAUGUUGCCGUUAUCAGUCAUCCUUGAGACUGCACCUGGCUAAUAUUUAG